AUGAACCCAUCAAAUGAGAAGCCAAUUAUUCGUGAUAGAGGCCUUGAAUGUUGGCUUCAGGCUCUUAAAGCACAUCUUUUGAUUUUCGUUUCAUGGGGAAUUGUUAAUUCGUUUGGAAUAUUUCAGACAUAUUACAAAUCGACAUUAUUGAAAGAUAGCUCUUUAUCGAAUAUUGCAUGGAUAGGAACUGUUCAGGGUUUUUCUAUUAUUUUGGUUAGUCUUUUGAUUGGUCCAGUAUAUGACAGAGGAUAUACACGACCUCUGAUUAUAUUUGGAUCUUUUUUAAUUAUAUUUGGAAUGAUUAUGAUGAGUAUAUCAAAAAAAUAUUAUCAAUUUUUUAUAUAUGAAGCCCUUUGCAUUGGGAUUGGAUCUGGAUGUAUUUUUAUUCCAAGUUUAGGAAUAAUAACGAGAUAUUUUGAUAAAAAACUGUCGUUAGCAGCGGGGCUUAUAACAUCUGGAGCAAGUGUGGGGGGCUUAAUUUUUCCUAUUCUUUUCGAGUUUUUAAUUCACAAAAUUGGAUUUACAUGGACGAUUCGUGUGUUUGCAUUGGUUUCUUUUAUAUUAAUUAUAAUUAGCAUUAUAAUCACUGAAGUUUAUACAUUUUCUAAUCGUUCGCCAUACUUGUUUAAUUUUUCUUCACUAAAAGAUUAUACAUUUAUGAUUUUUAAUAUAUCAGCAUUUUUUAUCUUUACUGGUAUUUAUUUCCCAUAUUUUUAUCUUCCUAUGUAUGCAAAAGCUUUGGGUUCUCAUUUUUCAACAUAUUUUAUUUCAAUUAUUAAUUUGACAUCUAUUUUCGGUAGGGUUAUUACAGGUGUUAUUGCAGACUAUAAGGGACCUUUAAAUACUUUUAUUUUAUCUUCAUUAGCUUUAGUCAUUUUAACAUAUGCAUGGAUUGGUAUUCGUAAUAUUCCCGGACUUUUUAUUUUUUCAGUUUUAUACGGAUUAUUUGCAGGUGCGGUCAUGUCACUUCCAUCGGCAAUAAUUAUAAAAUUGUCGUCAAAUUUGAAUUUUGUAGGAACUCAGAUGUCAAUUUGUCUUUUAUUUACUGGUAUUGGUUUUCUUAUUGGAACACCAAUAGAUGGUAUUAUUUUGAAACAUUCUAAUAGAGCGUUUUUUUGGGCACAGAUUUUUUCUGCAACAAUUAUGUUAGUUGGUGUUUUUACACUUUUUCUAAUAGUAUAUUUAAAGCGAAAUCGAGUAUUAAUUCCUAAAACUUCAUCUGGGGCUUCAUUUUAUCGUCCACUUUGAUUAUUUGUAUUGUCUUAAUGGUUGAGAUAUAUGCAAAGAAUAG